UUUUGUUUUAAAAUUUAUGUUCAUUAAAAUUAAUUAUUACAUGAAUAAUUGUAUGCUUUUUUAAAUUAUUUAUUACCACGUAGAUACGUAAUAUUUUUGUUCCGAUCGCUUUUUACAUAAGCAGUAGGUAGAUAUGUUAUAAAAGCUUCAUUUCUCUGCAUAAUGAUUGGUUAUACAUGUAUCCCUUGUAUGCCUAAUGUAUUAAAAUUAUCCCCUGUCAUUGUACAGAUACUACUUUCCACAAUUUCAUAAAAAAUGUGUCUACCUUGAGCCCAAUAGAAAAUAUCAUUAUUAUUUUACAAACGAGUUUUUUUCUCCUAAUUAAAAUUUGCUAAUAAUCUACUAGACAAGUUCAUUCUAUUCGUUUUUACACUAUGCACGCAUUCAAGGUGUCUCUUCAGUUCAUAAAAUCAUUUAAAACUGCAAUCGAAAAAAGUCCUAAACUACAGCUAGAUUUUGUAAAGUCAAUAGGAUCUUAUACUCAAAUAAAUAGAAAAAAUUAUGGGCAGAUUACGUUUCAAAAUUCACUCGAUAUCAAAAGUGUACACACCUUUCAACGAAGAGGUCUAUCGACUAAGCCAUAUGAAGUAGAUGUUUUAAGUAAAUCCCAGAGAGAAGCUGAAAAAUAUCCACCAAAAACUAAUGAACAGCCAGUUGGUAAAAGUUCUUCUACAAUUAAUGCCAUUCCGAAUCCAAAAUCUAAGCAAAAGUUAUCCGAGACAUCCAAGCAAAGAAAAGUUCCUUCAUCUCGAGUAGCUAGAAUGGUUUCCUUCGGCACGCUAGCCGCAGGAUUGGGCUUAGGAACUGCCGCGGAAUACGCUAAAAGGAGUUUGUUUUCCAAGAAUCCCGGUACGGAUAAUUCGAACGUAUUUUUUAACGAAGCUAAUAUGGACAGGAUCGUCGAUACGUUGUGCAAAGUCAGAGGUGCUGCGUUAAAAAUCGGCCAAAUCCUGAGCAUCCAGGACGAGUCCAUCGUCGAUCCCGAAAUCACCAAAGCUUUCGAAAGGGUGCGGAAAUCCGCCGACUUUAUGCCCGAUUGGCAGCUGCAGGAGGUAAUGAAAACGGAACUGGGGCCCAACUGGCGCGAUAAUUUCGACACAUUCGACAGCAUCCCUUUCGCUGCCGCGUCCAUUGGCCAAGUUCAUUACGGCAAGCUCAAAAACGGCUCAGAAGUAGCCGUAAAAGUCCAAUAUCCAGGAGUGGCGCGUGGAAUUAACAGCGACAUCGAAAACUUAGCCACGAUUUUGAAAGUAUGGAACGUUUUCCCCAAAGGCAUGUUCCUGGAGAACCUCAUGGCGGUAACGAAGCGAGAAUUAGCUUGGGAAGUCGAUUACAACAGAGAAGCCGAUCAAACGAAGAAAUUUAGAGAAUUAUUAGCACCGUACGAAAAGUAUUAUGUACCUAAUGUGUUUGAUAAUUUAUCAACGGAACAAGUGUUUACUGCGGAAUUGCUGCACGGAUUACCCCUCGAUGAAUGUUUCGAGAUGGAUACAUUUCACAGGGAAUUCAUUGGGGAAAGAAUAAUGGAAUUGUUCUUAUUGGAAUUGUUUAAAUUCAAUCGAAUGCAGACGGAUCCGAAUUGGGCCAAUUUUUUGUACGAUCCCGAUAAAAACCGGCUGCUUCUGUUAGAUUUCGGUUCGAGUAGGUCCUACUCGAAGGAGUUUAUCGCGCAAUAUGUUAAACUUCUCAAUGCCGCUCGCGAAAAUAACAGGCGAGAUGUGCUGAGUUUAUCGAGAGAAUUGGGCUUUCUUACAGGAUACGAAAGCAAGAUAAUGGAAGAAGCCCACAUCGACGCCUUUAUGACCGUAGGGGAGAUUUUCCGGAACGAAGGAAGGUACAAUUUCGAGAAACAAAACGUCACGGCUAGAAUUAAGAAAUUGGCGGAAACCAUUACUAAUCACCGACUGUGCCCGCCUCCUGAGGAAAUUUACUCGUUGCACAGGAAACUGUUCGGUUUAUUUUGGCUUUUCAGCAAACUGAAAGUAUCGUUACCUUGCAGCGAAAUGUUCGCGACACAUUACGAUCAAUACCUUCAAGAGAAAGAUUAAGCUCUUAAACAAGAUUUACCAGAGGUAGCGAAUAGUUAGGAGAGGUAUACGAAGUUUACUUGAAAGUUUACAACUCGAAGUUUAUAGUGGUAUACAGGGUGUCCCGCAUAGGAACCGACUCAGAGCAGGGGCUUCUAGAGGAGCCUAAAAUAAAAUUGUUUAACACAGUUAAUUUUUGAAUUAUCGACGAUUUUAUGCAACAUUUUUUAGCGUUUUUCAUCAAAAAGACGAAAGAAU